GGAGGGUGUGACUUGUUGGCUCUCUUUUUUUUCCGCCUGUAUAAAACGAGAAGUUCGCGUAAAAGAAAAUACAGAUGGAGAAGGCUAGCCGGCUCGCUGUGUCACAGAGAGUCCCCUUUAAGCCUACGUGACAACUCACAUACUGUCCCUUUUGUGUGACCAGCUUAAAUCAGGCAGAAUGCCCGGUCUCUGCGUGCUUUGUCUCGCCGCCGCGCUGGCUGCGUUCGCCCGGCUCGCCGGCACCGUGGGGCCGGUGGUCCGAUGCGAGCCGUGCGACGCCGGAGCGCUUCUGCAGUGCAAGCCGCUGCCCAAGGACUGCGCCGAGCGGGUGAGGGAGCCGGGCUGCGGCUGCUGCAUGACGUGCGCCCUCGGUGAAGGACUGGCGUGUGGAGUGUACACGGCGCGCUGCGGCUCCGGCUUGACCUGCCAGCACCAGCCGGCGGAGAGCCGACCGCUGCAGGCUCUGCUGGAGGGACGGGGAGUGUGCUCCAGCGCCGUGGCCAAAAAGCUCCACAGCAUUCUCAUACCGGCGCAAAAACAAGACAACGCUGGAAAUCAGGUAGAAGAAGCCAAUGUGACGGUGACGGUGACGGUGUUGCCCGGCGUGGCGACCGUGAAGGGUGGAGGUCACAGCCGGGGGUCGAUGGACACCAGGCCUCCGCUGCACAACAAGCUGAUCCAGAAGGAUCAGAACAGGAAGACUCAGAGCUACAAGGUGGAGUCGGUCUCAGGAGGAGCCAACAUGGACAUGCACAACUUCUCCCUGGAGAACAAGAGGGAGACCGAGUAUGGGCCGUGUCGGCGGGAGAUGGAGAGCAUCCUGAGCAGUCUUAAAAUCAGCAACGUGCUCAACCCGAGAGGCUUCCGCAUACCCAACUGUGACAGAAAGGGCUUCUACAAGAAAAAACAGUGCCGUCCAUCCAAAGGCAGGAGGCGGGGCUACUGCUGGUGCGUGGACAAAUACGGGCAGCCUCUGCCGGGCUUCGACGGCAGGGAGCGGGGCGAGACUCAGUGCUACAACCUGGAGAGCAAAUGAGAGGACGGAGGGACGUCGAGUGGACGGAGAGAGGAAGACAGAGAAUAAGGGGGUGGGGGGGGGGGGGUGGGGGGAGACAGAGAGAGAAAGAGCCUACUUUGCUCUUGCAUGUAGUUUUAUGUAAACAUUUGAAGGGGGCUCUGGACCUUUUGAUUUCAGGUCCCAUUUCUGUCGGAGAGUUAGAGGGGGAGGGGUGGAGCACGGCCUCGGCGACCCGGCCAAGCCUCCUGUCCAUCACAGCUAUCUGUCCUGUGCUUAGGGAACCUUUAUCCUUUCUUUAAAACAAACAAACAAUUAAGCUGAAAGCUGAGAGAGAAGAUGUAGAAAAAGAGAAUCCUACCAUCUGCACUAUUCUUUUAGAGAGAGAGGAAGGAGGGACUUUUCCACUCACUUUAAAGAGGACUCGUUUGUGACUGUGACCCGAAAAAAAAAAACGCACCACCACCGUUUUCUAUUGUGCGUGACCGUCUGUGAGCGUGUAACCGUGAGUCUGUAUGUGUGUGUGUCUUAAUGUGUGAGCACCCGCAUAACAUACGCGCGCACAGCUGCAUAUCGGUGCAAGAUGGCGUGCGAGUUCCCAAAAGUGUUUCUUUGUGUAAAUACUGUAUGUCACUAAAGCUCAGUUUAGAGAUCCCCGGCCCCUGCUACCAUUAAACAAUGCAGAAGAAUAAUAACGUUUACUGGCUCAGGGUCAAUUUUGAAGUGAAGGAUUAUGGGAUUGCAGGGCUUUGGCUUGUUAACCAGCACCGAGGGCCCCUCCUCGCCGCCUCUUGCUUGUCCCUCGCCCCUGUUAGUGGGAAGGGAAAAGAGGCAAACCAUGCAGUUACAGUGCCUUAAAACCAGACCUUUCCAUGCCUCCCCUCCCCUUCACCCCCUGUAGUCCUCCAAUAAAGGAAUACUUCACUACAAAUCUACCUGUUGAGUAUCAAAUACUCGUCCUCCGCAGGCUUCAACUGUGGCUCUGAAAAAUUGGUUGCUUACACCUUCGUUUGAAGGAUAGCGGCUGCUACGCUGCAAAAGCAGCAUGAAAACAUCCAUAGAAACUUCUGAAACCACGCCUCCAGCAGGUUUCUAAGAACGCUACUUCCGACUAUGAGUGUUUGGAACAUACUGAAGGAACGGAUCAACUGUGGAUUAAGAUGCAAAAUGUGCCAAAAUAUUAGCUUGGUUACAGCUGUAAUAAAAGCUCUUUAAUCCGAAAAGAAGGUUGCGUUACUGUCUUAGCAUCUGCUACCCACAGCUUUCAUAUCAACAAAAUGAAAGACGCUGAUGGAUUACAUUGCUCGCUACUCAUUGGUUAGCGCAAAAUGACCCCAAACAGCGUUCCCAGAUGUACAAUAACUAUCGUAUUUGUACAAUAUUUCUGCCCUGUGUACGAUCAAUAAUGCCAAAAGUGCCAUAAAGUACGAUAAUUUUACCAUUUUGUGACGCUUAUUCUCAUUGUAAUUAAUUUCCGCAUAGAAAAUAUGGCUCCUACGUCUGUGUUUACACAUCUUUUCUCACGCGACCUCUUUCCAGCCAAUCAUGCUUGGUGUAGGCUAUGAUGUGGAUGAACGUGACCCACAAGCACGGCUGUCGUUCUCUUAAUUUUGUAAUAGUAGGCUAUUACAAAAAUUGUCAGACUUAUGGACACAUACUCCCGUCCACGCAUCAUAACUACGUCAGCUUGAAAAAACGAUGUGGGUAGAUUUAUAGGUGUGUCAAAAGUUGUUCAAAUAUGUGCAUCUAUCCUUUCAUCCUUUUCCGGAGAACCCGGAGAAAACCCACGCUAACACGGGGAGAACAUGCAAACUCCACACAGAAGGGGCCCCAAGCCGGGUUUGAACUGUGAGGCGGCAGUGCUAACCACCGUUUAAAUAACACAUUUACGCCUAUUUGUUCUCGUGGUUAUGACUCGCGUAUGAUAAUUCCUCAAAAUACGAUAAUUUUAAGCCUCUGGUGCGAUAGUUUAACAUUUCCCAUUUGGCAACACUGACCCCAAAUAACAGCUAACAUCAGAUUGAAUGAUGAAGCAAACACAAAACGGUGCUUCAGUCUAUCAAGCCACCAAGUACGGCUGAGGGGACAGCUCUCGUCGUCGCUAGGCUAGCACAGUUAGCUGUUUAUGUUUGCCGCAUAGUAGCGAUUGACGGACAGCUGAAUAGCUAACGGCGCUAGCGACAAAGAGAACUUGUGUAUUUAGCCAUAAUUUGGCAACGAUAUGAAUGUACGGAACAUAGCGCUCAUACAAACUGAAAGUGGAGAGGUGGUUUGAGAAGUUUCCUUGGACUUUUUCCUGUUUGAUGCUUUUGUGUUACUCUGGGUUGCAAAUGGAGUCCACUGUAACGGCUGUGAAUGGCGAGUAUUUGAAACUCAAAGGAGAGAUUGAUGGUGGAGUAUUGUCAUGAGGUGCUCACAUGCCGCCCUGCAGUCUUAGGGAUCAGUUUAGUCUGACUUCUGUCUCUGUCCCACCUCUAACCUGCUCUCCUGUGUCCUCACCCCGUCCUUGUCCCGUGUCCGUCAUGCAGCUCCGGUCUUCCAAUCCCACAUCUUUAACCACCCCUGUCUAAAACUUUGUCCUCGUCUGUGUGCCAGAUCCCGUCCCCCGUCUCCAACCCACUAAUCGGAGCUGUUAGUCCCCGCUCCAGCACCCCCGCCCCACCUCCGGUCCUCUUCCUGUCAGUGGUGCAAACCUGGUGUAGGCUUGUUUGAACGGGAGGAGCCCGUUGUGACCGGCCCAGCCCGCCGCAGGUGCCAGCUGCCCCUAUGCUUCAAGCCCAAGCACAAGCACUUAAAGCACUUUAGCUGCGCCGGUACUCGUCAAUGCAUGCAGUUAAAAGACAAUUGGACCUAUCUGCAUCUGCAUGCCUUUCCUUCGAGGUAAUGUCAGAUGAAACAGUGUGAUACUGUAAGAAAACAAUAAUAACCCAGGGAGGAGGGGCUGUAAAAAAGAAGAAAAAAAAAAAGCUACACCAGGACUUCUGACAGCAAACUUAGCGAACACCCCUCAGAAAAUUUUCCAUUCAAUGCAACUAUUUCUCUUUUUUUUUUUGUUGUUGUUGUUUUUGUUUCUUUGAAAAAAAAAAAUGUUUGUAUGAUCGUAUGCCAACAAAUCUCCACAAGGUGGACACAGCACCAAAUAUGCAUUCACACAAGUGGUAGGGGGUCUGAGGGAGGAGGCGGGGUCCUCCCCGAGGAGCUUCCUGCCCGAUGCUCUCCUACAUCCUGUGUAAAGACUUGAAAAGUGGAGAGAGCGCCGACAAAGAAUGCUUGCCCAGUAGCUUGGUAGCAUGAAAUCGGCUGUACACUUCCUUUAAUAGAGAGCAGCAACCUACAACCAACCUGUUGGUGCUAUAUCCCACCUACUCAAAGACUUGAUGUACGGGGAGGAACAUACAUACAAAUAUGUUUAAGCUAUUCCCUCCCUAAUAUUUGUAAGUGUGUCUUUUUAUAUAUUAUUAUUAUUAUUAUUAUUAUUUCCUGGCCAGCUAUGUGUCUGACUAGACAUCAUGUACAGUACUUAAAAAUAAAAAUUAUUUAUCUAAGAAAGAAUUAUAAGCUGAUCCAAACUAGGUUUUCUUAUGAACAAUUCAGUGACUCACCGAUUGCACAGCAAAGUCUAUUUGAUUCAGUGUAUUUUGGGGAAUAUAAUCACUAAUGAAUGUUUUUAUUUUUGAAUGAACCUUUUUCCUUCUGUCGCUCAGCAGGGUCAUUUGUAAGCUCCGUGCCCGGCAGGCGAGUUUCAGCCUCGGGUAAAAAUCUGUGUCAGUCAGGCACUCAGGUCUCUGGUCAUCUUGCAGUAGUUCACUGCUUCUUCUUAAAGGCCAGUGAACGUCUCACCUCUCAGUAAGUCACUUCUCUCCAUGCACACCCAGCCAUCCCGCCUCUUAGUGCAGAGCCAGGGUCACACUUCUGUUAUGUCACUUCUUCACUUCUUUUUAUUAUUAUUUUUCCCUGCUGGUCACGUUAAGAAUCUCUCUGUUCACGGGUAAAUGUAUUUUUGUUUUAUCCUUCAAAGAGUUAUUUUGAUUCAAGCUUUUCAUGAUACUAAACUAGGAAAUCACACAGCUAUUAUUUUCUCUGAGAAAAGAAAUGAUUCAAAAUAUAAGUUGUAUUUAAUGUCUUUUUUUUUUUUUUUAAAUAAAAAGUGAACACAUUUUAA